UUCGGGGCCUAUCCCCAGGGACAUUCCGGGAGGGGCAGUCUCAGGAGCAGGAUGGCAGCUUCAGGCAGGUUGGACCCGGAGCUGCCGGAGUACAGAAACUAUGUGGUCUCGAGGCCUGUCUACAGCGAGCUCUCUUUCCUGGAGCAGUACGAGCGGCAGCUGCGCGAGCGCCGGACCGUCCGCGACAAGCUGGCCAAAUGCUGCAGUUGUUCCAGAAAAAGGACUGUUCGGCUGCUAAAGUCCUUUUUCCCCAUCUUGGAGUGGCUACCCAAAUACCGGGUAAAAGAAUGGCUACUUAGUGACACAAUUUCUGGGAUUAGCACUGGGUUUGUGGCCACUUUGCAAGGUAUGGCAUAUGCACUAUUGGCUGCAAUUCCUGUUGGAUAUGGUCUUUACUCGGCUUUCUUUCCCAUCUUGACAUAUUUUAUCUUUGGAACAUCAAGGCACCUCUCAAUUGGACCCUUCCCGGUGGUCAGUUUGAUGGUGGGAUCAUUUGUGCUAAGCAUGGCUCCUGAUGAACAUUUUAUCAUAAUGAAUUCUAAUGGUACAGAACACAACGUUACCGGAAUAGACUUUGCUGCCAGGGAUGCACAGAGAGUUUUAAUUGCCAGCACCCUCACUGUUUUAGUAGGCAUUAUACAGUUGGUAUUAGGAGGCUUGCAGAUUGGGUUCAUCGUUCGAUAUCUCGCAGAUCCAUUAGUAGGAGGAUUCACAACAGCAGCUGCCUUUCAAGUACUUGUCUCACAAGUGAAAAUUGUUCUCAAUAUAUCUACAAAAAAUUAUAAUGGUGUCCUCUCAAUAAUAUAUACUCUGGUUGAGAUAUUUGAGAACAUUGGUUCCACAAACAUUGCAGAUUUAGUUGCUGGACUGCUUACUAUCAUUAUCUGCAUGGUUGUUAAGGAAAUAAAUGAUCGAUUCAAACACAAAAUUCCUGUUCCUAUUCCUAUAGAAGUGAUUGUGACAAUUGUAGCUACAGCCAUUUCAUAUGGAGUCGACCUAGAAAAAAAGUACAAUGCUGGCAUUGUUAAAUCCAUUCCAAGGGGGUUUUUGCCUCCUGCUGUUCCGUCAGUAAACUUGUUUUCUCAGAUGGCUACUGCUUCAUUUUCCAUUGCUGUGGUAGCCUAUGCAAUUGCUGUGUCUGUAGGGAAAGUCUACGCUACCAAGUACGAUUACACCAUUGAUGGGAAUCAGGAAUUUAUUGCUUUUGGGAUCAGCAAUAUCUUCAGUGGAUUCUUCUCCUGUUUUGUGGCUACCACUGCCCUGUCACGCACUGCUGUUCAAGAAAGCACUGGUGGGAAGACACAGGUUGCAGGUCUCAUUUCGGCCCUGAUCGUAAUGGUUGCAAUUUUGGCUUUGGGAAAGUUGCUAGAACCCUUGCAGAAGUCUGUCCUGGCAGCUGUUGUCAUUGCCAACCUGAAAGGAAUGUUUAUGCAAAUAAGUGAUGUUCCUCGUUUGUGGAGGCAGAAUAAGAUUGAUGCUAUCAUCUGGGUGUUUACGUGCAUAACAUCUAUCAUCCUGGGCCUUGACCUGGGAUUGCUUUGUGGUCUCCUGUUUGGAUUACUGACUGUGGUCCUGAGAGUUCAGUUCCCCUCAUGGAAUGAUCUUGGAAAUGUCCCUGGUACAGACCUCUACAAAAGCCCCAAAGAUUACAAGAAUGUCGAUGAACCCGAAGGAGUGAAGAUUGUUAGCUUUCAUAGUCCUAUUUUUUAUGGCAAUAUUGAUGGCUUUAAAAAAUGUCUCAAAUCCACAGUUGGGUUUGAUGCAGUUCGAGUUUAUAAUAAGAGGCUCAAAGCACUGAGGAAAAUACAGAAACUUGUCAAAAAGGGACAGCUGCGAGCAACAAAGAAUGGCAUUGUCAGCGAUGCUUGUGCCAUUAAUCAAGGUUUUGAGCCUGAUGAAGAUCCAGAAGACCCAGAAGACUUGGACAUCCCAACUAAGGAAGUAGAGAUCCGAGUAGACUGGAAUUCCGAGCUUCCUGUCAAAGUGAAUGUUCCCAAAGUCCCCAUUCACAGCCUGAUCCUGGAUUUUGGAGCAGUAUCCUUCUUGGAUAUUGUUGCAGUGAAAUCUCUACGAAUGAUUGUAAAAGAGUUCCAAAGAAUUGAUGUGAAUGUAUACUUUGCUUCACUUAAAGACCAUGUGAUAGCAAAGCUGGAGCAAUGUGGCUUUUAUGAAGAUAAUAUUAUAAAGGACAUGUUCUUCCUGACUGUUCAUGAUGCUGUGUUAUAUAUACAGAGUCAAAUGAAAACUCAAACUGCAGAAGACCCUAUCUUGGAAAAGAUUCAUCUGAUACAAGAAUAUAAAGAUCCUCUUGAAUUAAUGGACAGAGAGAUGAUUGAAGAUGGUCUUGAUGUACAGGAUGAGGCAAUGCGAAAGCUUGCUUCCUGAUGGAACUGGCAUUUCUAUGGACUAUGUGGCAAUAUUUGCAAACCAUUGUUAUAUUAUGCAAGCAUUUUCUGUCUUGACUAUUUCUUUGAAUUUUAAAACUCAUUUGUUUUCUAUUGCAUAUUCUAAAAAUAUCUGUAUGUUUCUUCUCCUAAGACUAUCAUCAACCCAGGCCUAUAAACAUUUGGCCUCUGUUUUGCACAGAAUGGUUAAUGAGAAAAAUGGUUCAAGCAGAUUUUAAGAGUACAUGCUAAAUAUGCAGUAAAGAUUCUUCCAAGAAAAGGGCUAUAUUUCCUAGCAGUUUAACGGGGGUGCAUAUUUAUCUCCAGUCUGGGAAUGUAAAUCAGUAAUAGUGAUAUAUUUGAAAUGGUUAUGAUUAAUUUUUUGUAUUAAUCUGAAACUCACAGAAAAAAAGUAACCAUCUUUUAUUUAUUACUGUGGGUAGGUCUGCCUGAAACAAAAGCAACGAAAAAUAAAGACCACAAAUAUUUGUACUGAUUUCAUCAACCAAGGCAGAAAUGACAUGAUAGGCUAUUUUGAUAAUAAAAGUGAAUCUUUCCCCCCCUUUAGUAAAUACAAAGUUAGCACAUGAUAAAGAAAUGUUAGUAUCUGUGAAUAGAGCCUGAACCAGAAUUCAGAAGCUAUAAAAUUGUGCUGAUAUACUUAUUAAAAAGUACUUCUGAAAAGAAGUAUAUAAGAGUUGAGGGGAAGGGAAGUCAAUGACAGAAUUAUGCAUCUUUUUUUUUAAAGUGAUAAUUUUAAGGAAUAUACAGUUAAAUCACAGUUGAAACAAGAAAAAUAUGAAUGUUUCUAGGUCAACCUAUAUCAUGCUUAAAAGGAAAUUUUUAUGGAUGUAUCCAUAUGCAAUUUCUAUAUAUUCAUAUUACAUGUUUGUUUUUAAAAGUCUUUUUGCUUUUGAGUUAAAUAGUGCAGGCUAUUCUAAAAUUGUGUGAGCACUUUAAAAUUCAGAAGAAGCUUUUAUUAUAUUAACACUUAUAGGUACAUUGUCAUUAAAAAUUAUGUUUUUAAGAUUUCUUGUAUUAUAUGAAAAACUUGCUUUUAGUAAAUCCUAAACAUAUAGUAUACAAAACCAAAAAAUAUAUCAACAUUCAAUAUUGAAAAUUAUUAAAUUUGGAAAAUACUAUCUUUAAAGAUGCUUUAAGUUUUUUUAAAGGGAUUUUGGUAUAGACAGUAGGUGUAUACAUGUAUGUACAUACAUACACACACACAAUUUUUAAAAAUCUAGAUUUUUAGACAACAAACUUCAUUGUUAUGCUUACCUAAUAUUUUCUGAGUGCCAAUGCAUUAUGCUUUGUAAAAAAUAUUAGAGUGCAAUUGGGUCUGAAUUUCUUUCAUCCUAGAAUUUAAGGAAAUUGCACUUAAGAGAAAAAACAAGCACACAGCCACCAAAUUGAGAAUAUAUCAUGUUGAAAGGCUAGAUUCUGUGCUUAGCAUAUAUGUGUGAAAUUCCCAUAUGUCUGGUGGCUAGGCAUAAAUGUCCAAAGGCAGAAUCUAUCUUGUUUUUUUCCUGAAAAUCAAAUAGAAAUAAUAAUUAUAAGCUUUAGAACUAGAAAUAGACCUUAGAGAGCAUCUUGUCCAAGAAAGAGAUGACAGAUAGAUUAGAUGAUCUACACAAGGUCACAUAGACAUAGUAGGUAAUGGAUCUGGGAUUUUAACCCAGGACUUUUGACUCUAAAUCCAGUGCUCUUGAAAUAAUUUUUAUUUUUUCUUUAUAUGCCAGGUCUGAAUGGUUAAAUGGAAUGGUUAAAUAAAAUCAAAGAGCAUUUCUUAAGUGUCUCUUGAAUGAGCUAAAAUAUAUUGUAAUGUAUGGAAUUCUUUCAUGUUCCAUAGGUCCUUUGCUUGACUUUAAAUUUCUUCUGCAUUUUGGCCAUAGGACAUACUUGUUUAUUUAGGGAGCAUUUUUCUAGCACUAAAGAGCUAGCUUUAAAAUGACAAUCUUGAGGGGAAAAAAAGUAUGCCUCUGUUUAAAAGGGGGAAUAUGCAGUUUGUUUUUAUAAGGAAAAUACCAAAGUCAUAUAUUUUACAAUAAAGUAGAGGUUUGUAAAGGUUAUUGUCCAUUUGUGAGCAUUGCAAGCUAUAUAUAUGUCAGUUUUCCAAAUAAGUUCUAAGAAUGCUCUUUCCCUAUGCAUUUUUGUGAACGAUAAAUAUCUCUACAACUGUAUCUUCACUGAAAGUUUUACUUGAAACUAAAGGCCUAUUUUGUUAUAUUUUAAAUUUUUAUGAAUAAGAUUUUGAUAUUGUAAAGAGACUUAAAUAAUAAGGAAAUCAUGUAUAUAUUGAAAAUAUUUGCACAUAUUUUUGUUAAUGUAAAGUUACCUUUUAAAUGACUGUGAUAUGUUCUUUAA